AGUCCUCCUGAAUUAGUGCACGGACUGCAGAGGGACAGUUUGAAACCAAGAACAGACAUGAGCUUCGUCAUCGAGGAGAGGGGCAGGCCGAACACCCAGGAGUACAGGGUGUUUUUCAAAAACUCUGAGGGAAAAUACAUCUCUCCAUUCCAUGACAUACCCAUCUACGCAAAUGAAGCAGAGAAUAUUUUUCAUGCUGUUGUGGAGGUUCCAAGAUGGACAAAUGCAAAGAUGGAGAUUGCCACCAAAGAUCCACUGAAUCCACUGAAACAAGAUGUGAAGAAGGGGAAUCUUCGUUACGUAGCAAAUGUGUUUCCUCACAAAGGUUACAUCUGGAAUUACGGAGCUAUUCCACAGACGUGGGAAGACCCAAACCACAAGGACAGUGACACAGGAUGCUGUGGAGACAACGACCCUAUUGAUAUAUGUGACAUAGGAAAUAAGGUGUGCUCACGAGGAGAGAUAAUCAAAGUGAAGGUUUUGGGAACUCUGGCUUUGAUCGAUGAGGGUGAAACAGACUGGAAGGUCAUUGUGAUCAAUACUGAGGACCCUGAAGCUGGCGACUUUAACAAUAUUGAUGAUGUGAGACGGCUUAAGCCUGGAUAUCUGGAGGCGACUGUUGAUUGGUUCAAAAGAUAUAAAGUCCCAGAUGGGAAACCUGAAAACCAGUUUGCUUUCAAUGGAGAGUUCAAGGACAGGGACUUUGCCAUUAACACAGUGAAGAGCACCCAUGAGUUUUGGAAGGCGCUGAUCUCUAAGAAGACCAAUGCUGGCGAGUUAAAUUGCAUGAACACCAGUGUCUCAGACAGUCCGUUCUGCUGCUCUGCCGGGGAUUCAGAGGCUGUGGUUAAGUCUGCAUGUGCUUUUGGAGCUGAAGAUCCUAUUCCAAGCUCAGUCGACAAAUGGUUCUACUAUGAGAAGUAGGAAGGACAAGCCAGUGCAGAGACAUUCCCUCCUUCAUUCCACACUUCACUCCUGUUUUCCUUCAUUGGAUCAGAGCAGCACAUGAACUGAACAGAUUGGAUGUAUAUUUUACCUGUGUCUUUGUUCACACUUGGCCGUCUGACAUUGUGUUUAUCAAAUCUGCUUGUUGUGUGAUUGUAGCACUUUGUAAAAUUCUGACCACAUGAAGGCCCUUUUAUGCUUUGUCAUCGUUUAUGUUGUAAGAGACUGCCCCAUAAUUUCAGGCUUG